AUGAAACCAAAUUUCUUCUCACUCCGUUACAUUUUGUGUUUCUGUCUGUGUUUCUCCAAAAGUGAGAAUGCUUGCUUUUUUUUUCUUCUUCUUCCUUUUCUAUCUUUUUGGAGUGUGGGUGUGGUGGUGGGAGAAGUGAAGCGGCAUAUAUAUCCAGGUGUAGAUAUAUCUAUCUAUCUAUAUAUAUUUUGUAUGCUGCGUCGUGGGUGGGUUGCUCCUGUUGUGGGGCAACGCUUUUCUCCGUUGCGGCUGCAGAAUCGCAGGUUUGGGGAUAAAAUUGUGGUGGGGUCGUGCGCCGCACUUUCCACAAGUGUGACUAUUCUUGGCAUCUUUCACCUCAUUGUGACGCCCGUGAGUCCGGCGAUUGCCGCUGCGACUCUUUCAGCGGCAGCGGUGAGCGGGGCACUUGUUGUCUUUGAGGGCGGAAAGAACGAGGGUGGCACGACCUUUGGUGCCGUCAUUGGCGUAUUUUUCGGUGCGAUGGGAGGCUACUACGCCAAGUCCUCCAAGGAACCGUGGCGGAAGUGA